AAAGGUCUCUCUCUCCACUCUAUCCAUCAUUUCACUCUGAUUCAACAGUCUCACAUGAAGCCUCUUCUACGAAGCUGCUUUUAGGGUUUCUUUACGAAGCUACUUUAAAUACGCAUUUCAUGUACGUUUUAUAGCUUCAAUGUACAUGUCUCCGAAUCGAUCGAGACCCCAAUAUGAUACGGGGUUCUGAUUUCGAACCCUAGGAAUCGAUAAAUGACAAAUGAUCUGAGAAAAGUUUGGUCCCAACUGGGCUUUUUCGGCACGAAAAGUUGCAUAGAAUCUAUCCGAAUCAACCGUAACCCAAUCAACACCUCCCUUACCUCCAGUUGUUACAGGUGUUGGUAUGUUGCAGUGACCUCUUUUUGGGUUUAUCAACUACCAUAGAGGUUGCAUUUUGUGAAUCUCCAUGUUGCCAGAGGGUUAGUGGAGCUAUGGAUUGUGUAAAGACUGUUAGUCGUCUUAAGGGUUCUCUUUGCCAUUGGUUCCUAUUUUUUACCAUUUGGUUAUCCAGUUUUCAAGAUGUAGUGCCACUAGAAAUGAAACCUGAUUUGAAUCGCAUUUCUUUCGCAUCUGAGCUAGCUAGCCCACCUCGUAGCGAACUCUUUCAACCAAUUGAAAUAUCACCUGCUGUUAUUCCACAUUAUCCUUUCCCUGGGGAAUCUUUGCCACCUAUGUACCCAACCUUCCCAACUACGUAUGAUCCAGUCUUGACUGGAAAAUGUCCAGUAAAUUUAUCUGCUCUUUCAGAUAUCAUGGACAAAACAGCAUCUGAUUGCUCUCAACCUUUGGCGGCUUUUGUAGGAAAUGUUAUAUGUUGCCCUCAGUUCAGUAGUUUACUCCGCAUAUUCCAGGGAUACUACAGCACCACUUCUGAUAAAUUAGUUUUACUAAAUGCGACUGCUAAUGAUUGUUUUUCAGAUAUCGUUACUAUACUAGCAAGCAGAAGGGCAAACAGUUCGAUACCUACUAUCUGCUCUGCAAAUCCAUCAAAUCUGACUGGUGGCUUUUGUCCUGUGAGGGAUGUAACCACCUUUGAGAAGACUGUUAAUAUGAGCAGGUUAUUGGAGGCUUGCAGCACUGUUGAUCCUCUUAAAGAGUGCUGUAGACCAAUUUGCAAGCCUGCAAUUAUGGAGGCUGCACUUCAGAUUUCAGCAGGGCAAGCGCUUAUCAGUGAUAAUAAAAACAUAGUUGGAGGGCCUAAUCAUGUGGAUGCUCUUAAUGAUUGUAAAGAGGUGGUGUAUUCAUGGCUUUCUAGCAAACUCCCUCUAGAUGCUGCCAAUACUGCAUUUCGAAUAUUAUCUGCCUGUAAAGUCAACAAAGUUUGUCCUUUGGAUUUUAAGCAGCCAUCAGAAGUAAUUAAAGCAUGCCGUAAUGUAGCUGCUCCGAGUCCUUCAUGUUGUAGCUCAUUAAAUACUUACAUUGCGGGGAUACAAAAGCAAAUGUUAAUUACGAAUAGGCAAGCCAUAAUAUGUGCGACCGUGUUUGGGUCUAUGCUCCAAAAGGGUGGAGUCAUGACUGAUGUUUAUGAGCUUUGUGAUGUUGACUUGAAAGAUUUUAGUCUCCAAGCAUAUGGACAGCAAGGGUGUUUGCUUCGCAGCUUCCCUGCCGAUGUGGUGUACGACAAUUCAACAGGCUUCAGUUUCACAUGUGACUUGAGUGACAAUAUUGCAGCUCCAUGGCCUUCGUCAUCUUCUAUUACAUCCUUGUCUCUUUGUGCUCCUGAGAUGUCAUUGCCUGCACUACCAACAUCAGAGACUUUGGGAAGUCCUGGCUAUCGAAGUGGAGUUGAAUUCCUUGUGCCCAUUUUUUCGUUUUUUGUUUUCAGUACGUUAUUGUACUGAAAAUUUAGCUGAGGGGGGAUCCAGUUUGAAUUAGAGGCUUUCUGAAAGGGACUUUUUUGUGUGGCCGGAUUCCGUCAUGUAUAUUUUGAGUUUCCUCUCAUGUAUAGCAGCAGCUGUUCUUUUUGGGUUAUUCAUAUUCUUGAUUCAUGUUAGUUCUGGAACCUGGUGUGGGUAGUGGUUUUUGAUGUUUUGAACUGGAGAGAGGUCUGACAUAUGUAACCUGCCGUAGCUUUUUAAAGUUGUGGGAACUUCUACGCCGUAGCAUUGUGCAUUUAGUACUAGUAGUAUCAAACUGUGCUUGCAAGUAAGCCGGCUUUCAUAUACAUACAGAUGUUUCAA